CUUAUCAACUUUUCAGGUUCUUUUCUCAAAAUUUUUCUCACGUGGAGAAAAAGCUUCGUGUUUUGAAAACUUUUAUUCAUCAUUUUCGAAGUUGAAGAUAGAUUUUCACUUCGUCGUAAUCUUCAGUUGUUCGUAUUCGUUCCCUUUACUUCAAAAUGCCAAAAAAGAAGAAAUUCAUCGAUAAAAAGAAAGCGGUUACAUUUCACUUGGUACAUCGUAGUCAGCACGAUCCCUUAGUUGUUGAUGAGAAUGCUCCGCAACACGUCUUAGUCGCAGCUGCGCCUUCCAGUAAAAUAAACAAAGAUAUUGAAGAAGAACACAAAUAUGGAAUAUAUUUCGACGACGAUUACGAUUACUUGCAACAUAUGCGAGAUUCAAAUAAAGCUCAAGUGGAAUGGGUUCAAGCUCCCAGUACAUCUAAAAAUGAGAAGCAAAAACUCAAUUUACCAUCGUCUGUAUUCGCUAGUGAAGUCGAAGAAGAAGUUGGUCUUUUGAAUAAAGCUGCUCCUCAGUCAGGACUGAGGUUGGAUUUGGAUCCUGAUAUAGUUGCAGCUAUGGAUGAAGAUUUCAAUUACUCCGAUCCGGAGAAUGAACUCGAAGAUAAUUUUAUAGAGUUAGCGAAUCAACCAGGAUCCGGAUCAGAGCCACAAUCUGGAGACGAGUACGAAGAAGGAUCCGAAUUCGAAUACGACGACGAUGAUUCAAACUACUCAGAUGAGCAAUACGAUGAUUUCGCAAGUUUAAACGAAGAUGCUAAAUCGACGAAAUCAAGAUUUACCGAAUAUUCGAUGACUAGUUCAGUAAUAUCUCGAAAUAGUAACCUAACUUUGCUCGAUGAAACUUUCGAACAGAUGUACGCUGGCUACGAUGAUAUGGAAAUAGGUGCUUUAGACUGCGACGAUAUCGAAGGAGAAUUAGACAUGAAUUCUCAUCUAUUCCAAAUGGCAGCUAAUGAAUUCGAAAAAGAAAGAAAAAAAGAGAAACUAACCACUGACGAUGUUCACCAAUACAUAAUGGACUCCGACGAAGAAGAAAACCCAGAUCAAGGAUACUUGCACGAGAUAAAAGAAAAAGAGAAAUGGGAUUGCGAAUCAAUUCUGUCCACGUAUUCGAAUAUUUAUAAUCAUCCCAAGCUCAUAAAAGAAGAACCGAGUAACAAGAUCCGUGUCAAUAAUAAAACUGGAAUACCUAUGGAAACAGGCAAACUUACCAAAAAAGCGUUAGCUCAGCUCGAUGAUUCGACGGUGUCGAAAGGUCCUAGUUCCGUAUUAUCUACUUUAUCUAUGUUAUCGAUCAGGGAUAAAAAUGAAUCUUUGGAGGAGAAAAAGAAACGAAAACAAGAACUGAAGGAAUACAGAAAGAUACGACGAAUGGAAAGAAAAGCCAAUACUCAAGCUUUCAAAGACGAACAGAAACGAUUAGAGAAAACAAUCGCCUAUAAUAAUUUGAAUCAUCAAGGAUUAAAAUUGUAAACACUUGGCUAGGGAUAUCGAUGUAACUUGAAACCGUUUUAUUUGAGAAUAAAUUUUUUUACACGUUGCUUUAAAAAA